CCUAUUCCGUUUGUUACUGGGAGAGUUAUGGAUAAUCUUAUUAUGAUUGUAUAUUAAUCUUAAGGACACUCAAAAUAUUUAAUUAGUGGUGUUGUGAGUAAUAUUAAGUCGAUAAGUGUUAAGUGAAUAGUAAAAAUGGGUUGCGCACAAAGUGAGAUUUCACCCCAAAAUGAAAAUCCGAAGAAAAGUUGCACCGAUGUCCUUUGGUUGGUUAUCUAUAUUGUUUUUUGGGUGCUUAUGCUCGUAAUCGCAGCAAUAUCGUUCGUUUACGGGAAUCCUGCAAGAAUAAUCAAUGGGUUCGACUCAUUCGGCAACACAUGUGGCGUCAAAACCAACCAGAAGCUCAUAAACUAUCCUUUAGCGGGAAUCAGCACAAUAGACAAGCCCUAUUUGUUUUUUCUGGACAUAAAGGAACUGAGGAGAUCUAUAAAAAUUUGCGUAAAGCAAUGUCCUAAUAAGAAAUUGAAUGAUUUGGCUGCUAUACAGCAGUUCUAUCGUGAAACGGGUUCUAAUCUGUGUACUUAUGAAACAAGGUUGAAUGAGCUGGUAAAAGACGAUGGACUGCACAGCAUGAUAGGGCCAUGCCCCGUAACACCUGUAGUUGAGACAUUUCCUCUCCUGAACAGAUGCAUUCCGAAGUCGUUUAAAGAGUUUUCGGAGAAAGUAUCCACAGAUGUGUACAACUUGCUCAACAGUUGGGGUACGAUAGAGCAGAUGCUGACGGACUUGUAUUCAUCAUGGAAAGAAAUGAUAAUAUGCGUCAUUGUUGCAUUAUUAUGUUCCUUGAUCAUGGUUUCCAUACUGCACUUGUUAGCUACCGUCGUAUCCUGGAUUUUCAUGAUAGUAGUAUCAGUAGUAAGCAUUGCUGGCACCAUUCUUCUGUGGUACACAUAUUACGAGGUGAGACGCGGAAACCAGAACUUCACGGGAUCCGUAUAUUUGACAGAAUCUCUUAAGAAUGAGACUGCAUUCCUCUGGUAUUCGAUCAUUGCUACUAUUAUUACGGUGGUCUUAUUACUGUUAGUAUACGUGAUGCGUUCCCGCGUAUCAUUCCUAGCUCAACUGUUCCGCGAGACAGCACACUGUCUCGGCUCAAUACCAGCUUUAUUUGUCCAGCCGAUCAUCACUUUCUUCUACCUUGUGCUUUUCUUCGCCUUCUGGUCUAUCGUCGUGGCUUGCCUCGCAACAGCCACGUAUCCCGGCAUCCCGUACAAGUUCAACUUCUUCAUCAACGGCUCCCAGGUGCCAGAUCUGGUCAACAACGCGUCAGUCAGGGCGCAAAACGUCAACAACAGCGCUACACCGAAACAAUUCCCCCUGGACCCCAUAGAGUUCAGCCCCUCAUGGGUGCAGAGCAUGUGGUGGAUGUGUCUCAUCUGCCUCGUGUGGGGCAGCGAGUUCAUCCUCGGCUGCCAGCAGAUGACCAUCGCUGGAGCCGUGUCGCACUGGUACUUCCGCGGUGAAAACGCGCACUCUCCCGUACUGUACUCAAUCGGGAAGCUAGUCAAGUACCACCUCGGUUCCGUCGCUAAAGGAUCCUUCCUAAUCACGCUGUUCAAGAUACCGAGGCUUAUACUCACUUAUCUACAUGCCAAAUUGUCGGCAAAAGCCGACAAGGGCUCAGAAUGCGCCAAAUGCGGCCUAAAGUGCGGCAUCUGCUGUUUCUACUGCUUGGAGAAGUUCAUGCGCUACCUGAACCACAACGCGUACACUAUCAUCACUAUAGAGCGCUGCAACUUCUGCAAAGCUGCCGCCAAGGCGUUCAGCACAAUAGUGAACAACGCGCUCCAAGUGGCCACCAUCAACAGUGUUGGCGAUUUCAUCCUGUUCCUGGGCAAGUGCAUCGUGACCGCCGUCACGGGCAUCGUCGGCCUGUUGCUGGUCAAGCGGAACUCCGACCUACACUUCUACGCUGUUCCGACACUCUUCAUCUGCAUAUACUCAUUCUUUAUCGCGCAUUGCAUACUCUCUUUGUACGAGAUGGUAGUGGACACGCUGUUCAUGUGCGUGUGUGAGGACCGUAACAUGAGCGCCGGUGAGGGCCGUUGGAAGAGCUCCCGGCUGGCCGAGCUCGGCGGGCACAAGCCGGACAACCAAGACCUCGACACCACCGACCACGAGUUGCGCAACCUCGACGACAAGUAUUAA